AUGAUGAAAACACCAGAACAUUCAUCUCAUGAAGAAGAAGAUUUGGCUAGAUACAUUGAAGAAAGAACAUUAAAUAAAAACAUGAAAGUUCAAACUGGAAGUGGACCUUACAAGUGUGCAAUUUGUUUAACACCAUUUACUGCAGCAUGUACCCUGAAAUCACAUAUGAUGACUCACACUGGAGAAAAGCCUUACCAGUGCGAAAUUUGUCUUAAGCAGUUUACUCAAGCCAGUAGUUUAAAAGCACAUUUUUUGAGAAUACACAGUGAAGACAAGCCUUACAAGUGUGAUCUUUGUGUGAAACAGUUUACUGCACCAAGUGCUCUGAAAUUACAUAUGAUGACUCACACCGGAGAAAAAUCUCAUAAAUGUGAAAUUUGUUUGAAACAGUUUAUUGUAGCUAGGGAUCUGAAAUCACAUAUAGUGACUCACACAGGAGAAAAACCUUACAAGUGUGAUAUUUGUUUGAAGCAGUUUACUGAUGCAAGUAAUUUGAGAAGACAUGCGAUAACACACACUGGAGUAAAGCCUUACAAAUGUGAAAUUUGUUUGAAACAAUUUGCUCAUGCAACUAAUUUGAAUAUACAUUUGACAACCCACACUGGAGAAAAGCCUUACAAGUGUCAUAUUUGUUUUAAACAGGUUAGUCAAGCCAGUAGUUUGAAAUCACACAUGAUGACUCAUACUGGAGAAAAGCCUUAUAAGUGUGAUAUUUGUUCUAAGCAGUUUAUUAAAGCCGGUCAUUUGAAAUCACAUAUGAUGACCCACACUGGAGAAAAACCUCAUAAAUGUGAAAUUUGUUUGAAACAGUUUAUUGUAGCUAGGGAUCUGAAAUCACAUAUGGUGACUCACACAGGAGAAAAACCUUACAAGUGUGAUAUUUGUUUGAAGCAGUUUACUGAUGCAAGUAAUUUGAGAAGACAUCUGAUAACACACACUGGAGUAAAGCCUUACAAAUGUGAAAUUUGUUUGAAACAAUUUGCUCAGGCAAUUAAUUUGAAUAUACAUUUGACAACACACACUGGAGAAAAGCCUUACAAGUGUCAUAUUUGUUUGAAACAGGUUAGUCAAGCCAGUAGUUUGAAAUCACACAUGAUGACUCAUACUGGAGAAAAGCCUUAUAAGUGUGAUAUUUGUUCUAAGCAGUUUAUUAAAACCGGUCAUUUGAAAUCACAUAUGAUGACUCACACUGGAGAAAAGCCUUAUAGGUGUGAUAUUUGUUUGAAGCACUUUACUCAGCAGCUUACUCGAACCGACCAUUUGAAAUCACACAUGAGGACUCACACUGGAAAAAUCGUCACAGAUGUGACACUUGUGUGA